AUGAGCACUUCAGCAGUACCCCCUUCAGAUUCCGGGGACAAGGUCCGCCAAAGGCGGCACUUGUCCUCCCCCUCGGAGGAUGCCUCAACUGGCACCUCCCAGGCUGCCCCAGAGCUCGGUGCAAGCUCCAAGGUGAAGAAGACUUACGGGCGAACCCCGGAUGGAGAAGUCUUCAUCGUCCCGACGACCCAUGACAUGGUCUCUCAAUUACUCGACCCUCGCCAGCCAAAGAAUCUUUCCGACGUCAUCGUGCUCGCCAUACUUGCUCUCCAUAUCCUAGCCGCCUAUCUACUCCCUGCGAACCUCAAGCGCCCGGUGUUUGCCGUGAUCUUCAUCUCUUGGAGGGCCGCCUACAAUGUCGGCAUAGGCUAUCUCCUGAAUAUCCAGUCGAAUCACUUGUUGUUGGUGACAUGGGCCAAGAAGUGGAAGCUGUUCGAGAACCCCUCGACUGGGGAUAAUCCCAGGCCUUGGCUGUACGGCGUGCUCAAGCGUGAGCUUGAGGCCAAGAUCCCCGCCGACUACAAGUUUGAGGAGGCGCCAAUUGAGUAUAACACCUGGCUUGUCUUCCGCCGGGUGGUGGACUUGAUCUUGAUGUGUGACUUUGUAUCAUACUGCCUCUUCGCCAUCGUCUGCGGCCACAAGCCAGCCGGCGAGGCAUUUGCCAUGACUAUUGCCCGCUGGGCCGUCGGCAUCUCUCUCGUUGGCUUCAACCUCUGGGUCAAGCUGGACGCCCAUCGCGUCGUCAAAGACUACGCCUGGUACUGGGGAGACUUCUUCUACCUCAUCGACCAGGAGUUGACCUUCGACGGCGUCUUCGAGAUGGCUCCCCAUCCAAUGUAUUCCAUCGGCUAUGCUGGCUACUACGGUAUAUCCAUGAUGGCGGCCAGCUACGAUGUGCUCUUCAUCUCCAUCGUCGCCCAUCUGGCCCAGUUUGCUUUCCUAGCGGUCGUCGAGAACCCUCACAUCGAGAAGACGUACAACCCGCCGCCGCCUCGGAUGCGAGCAAACUCGGGCAUCUCCGACCUCAGCAGCCAGGUGCAAGACCAGCUUGGCGAGGGAUCUACACCUGCUACAGACCCCGUUCACAAGCUCCUAGGCGUGGCCAACUUUGACCUCUUCCGUACAACAGACUACGCCCUCCUCCUGCUCCUUGGGUACCUCAUAACACUUACGAUUGUCACCCCUCGUACUCCUCUUUACCAGGCACUUUUCGUGGUACAUGCCCUGUUAUGGCGGCUAUGGUACUCGAUUGGCCUGGGGGUCGUCCUAACACGUCAGUCGCAAGACAAGACGUUCACGAGACACUUCCUCAAGUUCGGAGAGAGCGCUAGUGAGGCAUGGCGUCAGUGGAAAGGUAUGUACCAUCUGAGCAUGGCUCUCUGCCACGCCUCGUUCAUGGCCGCAUGCUGGAAGAUGUACUCUUUCCCGGACGACUGGGACUACGGAUGGGUACUCCUGAAGCACGUGGUCGGUAUCAGCCUGAUUGCUCUCCAGAUUUGGACGGCUACGAGCAUCUACGAAUCCCUCGGAGAGUUCGGUUGGUUCUACGGGGACUUCUUCUUCGAUAGCACCGGGAGAUUGACUUACAAGUCCAUCUACCGCUUCGUCAACGACCCGGAACGCGUCCUCGGCACGGGUGGCCUAUGGGGCGCCGCGUUGAUGACGUGGAGCAGAUCCAUCUUCCUUCUGGCACUGGUCGGUCACUUGCUCACCAUCGGGUUUAUCUCAUACGUUGAGAAACCACAUAUGCAGAAGAUCUACGGCCGCAAUCUCCGCGACGAGGCCGGCCUCACCAAGUUCAUCAAACGUUCACUGCCCCCGCCAGCCAAGAAAUUGCAAAUGAGCGUCGAUAAGGUGCUCGACGAGACAAAGCACUUCGUGGACGAGUUCCUGGAAGUCGCUCGGUCUAAACUGGUUGCCGAGUCAUCGUCGAUUGUGAGAGACACAACUGACCUCUUCAACAAGUACCCCGCGCGUCUCACCCUCGCACGGAUCGCCCCGGACCUUGCCGGAUAUGACCCCAAGCAUUAUUCAUUGUCAGUCGAAGGGACACACUUGGAUGGUGCUGAGAGCGAGAGGGCAACCGGGAAGGAGAGCCUGACUGCGCGGGUGCCAAAGGCGGUGAAGACGAUGGUGUUCCAAUAUGGAGCCCCUCUACGAGUCAAGUGGACCGCACCGGCAAAUCAUAGCAAGAAGGACUGGGUCGGGUUAUACAUGGUGACUGACAACCGGUCGAGAGAAGCGACCGAGGUCUCUUCUCUCGGCCGUUGGACACCAACCUGCAAGGGAGUCUACGAGGUUAGUAGGGAGAAGGGAAUCCUUGUCUCGGACCAACCCGCGGGCAAGGACAGGUCGUCCGAGGUCGACCUUGUGAGGGGAGAGAUGGUAUUCGAAGGGGAUAAACUCUGGUGGACGCAGGGCGUCUUUGAAUUCAGGUACCACCAUGACGGAAACCACAACGUCAUGGCCAUCUCGCAGCCGUUCGAGGUUUCCGUCGGGAGGUUCGACUCCGAGGAUGUCGAGGCCGACUCCAAGGACCUCUUUGAAAAGACUGUCGAGGUGGCUCUCCUGCCCAUCGUACAGAACUGCCUCGAUCGCGACCCGGAGAUCGCCCCCAAUACCGUGGACGAGCCGUUCGGCAGCCACGUCGAGCGGGACAGCAAAUAUGCCAAGAGGGUCGUCUAUGCGAUUCGCCACAUGUUCGGUAUCGAGUUCGCCCGGGCCGUGGUCCCGGCGGACGGGAACGUGAAGAAGCUGGCAUGGAGGAUAUGCAACGCAAAACAGGUUCUGGUAAGCUUGCAAUAUUGA